UGUAGCGUACCCCUGCGACAACUACCGACGAGGAAGAAAACCAAAUUUUUUUUGGUGCGCAGAAGAAGAAGAAGAAGAAGAGCGCAUGCGCGCAGAGCUCAAAUCCAACGAGCUGCCCGAUUCUGCUCUCCCGAUUCCAAUCCUCCUUCGCGUCCCGAAGCUGAACCGGACUCCGAUCUCGAGCUGAUCCGAUUCCGAGUCCGUCGGUGCGCGUCGAUUCGCAUUCCAUGGGAGCUCCAUUGCUCGAUCGCUGAAGCCCCGCCGCCGAUCAGUGCGCGGCCCCGCGGCCCCCCGCCGCGAUGGCUUCCUGGCUUAAAGCAGCCGAAGAUUUGUUUGAAGUUGUUGAUCGAAGGGCAAAGCUGGUCGUUAAUGAUUUGGCAGAAGAGCAGAAGAAUUCACCAGCUUCUAAUGGGCAAGGAUCUCAAGCCAAGAGGACAAAGCAACGGAAAAAGGCUGUUAAGCAUGCUUCUUCAACUGAAAAUCCCAGAGAAAUUGAUACUGCAGAGGAGCAUAGUACUAUCCAAAGUCCACAUAAAGAUGCCAAACCUGAUGGAGACACCUCCUCUGGUUUAGUUGAAAAUGAGGGGAGCCAUUUGCAUAAGCCAAUUACUUUAACAGUUGAUGAACAUUUCAAUGACCUAAACAAAGAUGUACCUGUUGAAGGCAAUGCAACAUCUCCAGAGAAGCAGGCGGAUAACAUGAUCAACCAUGAGCUGCGUAAUGAUGAAGUUCCAGCAGCUGAACCAAUUGUUGAGACUCCUGAGUCAAGUCUAAGUGAUGACCUUGUCAAUAAAAAUGCUCCAGAUGCCCGUGAUGAACGCUCUGCCUCACCCCUGCCUACUAAAGUAGCUGAGGUUGCUGAUGAAGAUGGUUCGGUUGAUAAACGGAAAAUUAUUGAAGUGGAAGCAGCAAAUGCUCCUACAAAAAUUGAACAGGAAAAGUCUCAAACUGCAGUCAAUGAAGUUCCCAGUAGCAAUGGGGGUGAAAUGAAAAACGCUAAUCAAAUUGUUGGAUCUUCACCCAAGAGAGAGAAGAACUCAGAGCACAAAGAGCCAGCUUCAAUGCAAUUGCAGGAGCAGCUUGACGAGGCUCAAGGUCUUCUCAAAACUGCAACUUCCACUGGUCAGUCUAAAGAGGCCAGGUUAGCUAGGGUUUGUACUGGACUUCAAUCCCGUCUUCAGGAAUACAAAUUAGAAAACCAACAGCUUGAGGAACUUCUUACUUCAGAGAGAGAGCUCAGUAAAUCAUAUGAGGCUCAUAUAAAGCAGCUCCAGCAAGAUUUAUCUGCAGCUAAGAAUGAAGCCACAAGAGUAGAGUCAAGCAUGGCCGAAGCCCUUAUGGCAAAAAAUUCUGAAAUUGAAGCACUUCUCAAGUCAGUAGAUUCCCUGAAGACACAACUUGCUUUAUCUGAAGGAAAUCUGGCUUCAAUGCAGGUGAAUAUGGAAUCUAUCAUGAGAAAUCGAGAAUUGACUGAGACGAGGAUGAUGCAAGCCCUUCGUGAGGAGCUGGCUUCUGCAGAAAGGAGGGCAGAAGAAGAGCGUGCAGCACAUAAUGCUAGCAAAAAGGCUGCCAUGGAAAGGGAAGUAGAAUUAGAACACAGAGCUGUUGACUCAUCCACGGCACUCGCAAGAAUCCAGCGGACCAUAGAUGAGAGGACUGCUAGGAUAGCCGAACUUGAGCAGCAAAAGGCCCUUCUGGAGGUUGAAAAUUCAUCCUUAAAUCAAGAAUUGCACGAUAUGGAAGCCCGUGUUCGACGUGAACAAAAGAAGUCACCAGAAGAGACAAAUAAACUGAUUCAGAUGCAGGCGUGGCAGGAAGAAGUAGCAUCCGCUCGUCGAGGCCAGAGAGAUGCAGAGAACAAGGUUUCCACUAUGGAGGCUGAAUUGCAAAAGAUGAAGGUUGAAGUGGCUGCCAUGAAGAGGGAUGCUGAGCACUAUUCUCGUCAGGAGCAUAUGGAGCUUGAGAAGCGUUAUCGUGAGCUUACUGAUCUAUUGUACUACAAGCAAACACAACUAGAAACCAUGGCUAGUGAAAAGGCUGCGGCAGAAUUUCAAUUGGAAAAGGAACUGAAGCGUACUCAAGAAGCACAGGUAGAGGCAGAAAGAAGUAGGGUUUCACGCAGAGCUUCAUCGUCAUGGGAAGAGGAUGCUGAAAUGAAAGCGCUCGAGCCUCUUCCCUUGCAUCACCGUCAUAUGGCUGGGGCAAGCAUACAAUUGCAAAAGGCAGCUAAAUUGUUAGAUUCCGGCGCUGCAAGGGCAACUAGAUUUCUUUGGAGAUACCCAACAGCUCGGCUGCUUCUACUUUUUUACCUGGUAUUUGUACAUCUCUUCUUGAUGUAUCUUCUGCAUCACCUUCAGGAACAAGCAGACAAAUUUUCUGCCAGUGAAGUCGCAGAGUCUAUGGGACUUGCCAACCCCACGUUACCGUGAUUGUCUGGGCUUGUCAGCCGUUGGUCCUUAAGCGUGAUAUAUCUCCUUUACCCUUAAAAUACUCAAGAGUGGCUUCAAAGAACGCAUAGACGAUAAGAAAGUGUCCACCUAGACUCCAGACGACCCAAACUCCAGACGAGAACUCAGGUGAUCGAGAAGCCUCAGUGGAGGAAGCCCUUCACUCUCUAACUUAAAUCAUUCGUCCAGCAUUCUUUGAAGUCAUAGUCAUAUUCCUUGAAAUUCAAAUAUCGUUUUUUCGAUUGCCCCAGAAAUACGAAGUAUUCUCAUUGUCUGAACUGGACAGGACCAGGUCCCUAAUUCCAGUCAUCUCAAUUUUUUUUUGCUAACCCCCUUAUUUUACUUUGAACUUAUAGGUGGAUGUCUUUGUUUUAUCUGGACUAUGCGACUUGACAGUGAUAUAAUGUGUAUAUACAAGGUAGUUCAAAAAUUUUCUUGUGUCGAA